AUGCCCCCGAAGGCCUCGCUGGAGAUCGAGUACCAGGUUUUAGAUGGAGCAGGAUUAGAUAUUGAUUUCCAUCUUGCCUCUCCAGAAGGCAAAACAUUAGUUUUUGAACAAAGAAAAUCAGAUGGAGUUCACACGGUAGAGACUGAAGUUGGAGACUACAUGUUCUGCUUUGACAAUACAUUCAGCACCAUUUCUGAGAAAGUGAUUUUCUUUGAAUUAAUCCUGGAUAAUAUGGGAGAACAGGCACAAGAACAAGAAGAUUGGAAGAAAUACAUUACUGGGACAGAUAUGUUGGAUAUGAAACUGGAAGACAUUCUGGAAUCCAUCAACAGCAUCAAGUCCAGACUAAGCAAAAGUGGUCAUAUACAAACUGUGCUUAGAGCAUUUGAAGCUCGUGAUCGAAACAUACAAGAAAGCAACUUUGAUAGAGUCAAUUUCUGGUCUAUGGUUAAUUUAGUGGUCAUGGUGGUGGUGUCAGCCAUUCAAGUUUAUAUGCUGAAGAAUCUAUUUGAAGAUAAGAGGAAAAGUAGAACUUAAAACUCCAAGCUAAAGUACUUAACAUUGAAAAAGCAUAGCAGAAAAAUGCAAUAAACUGUUACAGUCAAGACCAUUAAUGGUUCUUUUCCAAAAUAUUUUCAGAUAUUAUUGUGUGAAACAGGUAUAAUUUUAAUGUGAAAGAAAAGUCUUUACUUUCUGUGCAAAUAAUUUUAUUGAUCCAGUUGUACUUCAGUGUAUAGCAGGAAUAUUUUGCAGAAUAUGUUUAAUUGGAUGAAGCCAUAUGAAAACUACAUUUUCCUAACUUUGAAAACAUUUUGAAAAUGUUAUAGGUGACUUAAAUAAAUGAGCUUCAGGCCUAAUUGGAACACCAAACAGUAUGUUUUUACAAGGUUCUCUUACCCAGAAUUUUCUUGAUAAAUGUGACAAUUACAAAUUAUAUAACUGUAGAAGUUUUUAAUAUAUUAAGUUAUAAAUAAUCUGAGAAUUACCUAAUUAUGGAUUAACUAUAUCUUU